UCUCAAUAGAAAUACAAACAAUUUAUCAAAUGAUUCCGAGGAUACAGAAUAUGCAAUUGUAUCAGGGCCUGGUUUGAUAGAUAACGGUGAAAGUGCUCCUCUUAUACUAAAAAUUUUAAUUAUAAUUAGUAAUAUGCUUGAAAAUUCUUUGGAAUUCGGAAGUUCUCUUCGCUCGCAAUUUCUUUUAGAUGAUAAAUACAUUUCACUUAACCAUGGUUCAUAUGGCACAUACCCUAAAUCAGUAAGAGAAGCUUUACGUGAAUUUCAAGAUAGGUCUGAAUUUAGACCAGAUCAAUGGAUGCGUCGAGAUUUAGAAAUUGAGUUGACCAAAGCUAGAGAAACAAUUGCAAAUUUUGUUAAUGCAGACACAGAUGAAGUUGUAUUUAUACAAAAUACUACAACAGGUAUCAAUGCUAUAUUGAAAAGCUUAACUUAUGUAGAAGGAGACAAGGUGCAAUUGAUUGAAUUGGAAGUAAAUUAUCCAAUAACUGAUGAAGAUUUAAUUUCUAAAAUUGAAAAAUGUAUUGAGGAAGAAAAACAAAAUCCAAAUUCAAGAAUUAAGUUAGCGGUCAUUGAUGCAAUUUCUUCAACACCUGGUGUCGUUGUUCCUUUUCAAAAGAUUAUUCAAAUACUUCGAAAACAUGACAUUAUUUCCGUGAUAGAUGGUGCUCAUGCAAUAGGUCAAAUCCCUCUUGAUCUUAAAGAAUUUGAUCCUGAUUAUUUCGUAACAAAUUGUCAUAAAUGGUUAUAUACUGUUAGAGGAUCUGCGCUUUUAUAUGUGCCAUUUAGGAAUCAAAAAAACAUUCAUCAUCCUAUUGUUAGUGCUCUUUGUAAUAGUGGAUUUGUUAAGGAAUUUUCUUGGGUUGGUACGCAAGACUUUAGCUCUUAUCUGACAAUUCAUCCUGCUUUAGCAUUCCGUAAAAAACUUGGUGGCGAAGAUAAGAUUCAGUCGUAUUGUAGGAAUUUGGCUAUUAAAGGUGGUAAACUAAUUGCUUCCAUUCUUAAUACAGAAAUAUUAGGCCCUGAAUCAUCAAUUGCUCAUAUGGUCAACAUUCGACUUCCAAUUAAAGUCGAUGAUGGGAAACCAAAUAUAUUUGAAUCAGAAUUUCACGAAUUGAUGUUUAAUAAAUAUAAUUGUUAUGUUAUGGCGUUUAAACAUGCAGAUAAGUUUUAUGUUAGAGCUAGCGCUCAAGUUUACACGGAUUUGAAGGAUUUCGAAAAAGUUGGAUACAUAUUGAAAGAAAUUUGUGAUUCUACUUCGCUUACGAAAUACAAGUUAUAG